UCUAUUGGUUCACAGUUGAACAUGUUUCCACAUGAAUAUAAUGAAAAAUUUUCCUGAGGAUUAAUUAUCUUAAAGUUAAUUUAUCAAGUAAAAGAAUAACAAUAUAAAUAUUACGCAUAGAUAACAUUUCGAAAAUAUACUUUGUAACACAGGACGAGAUUACUUUUUUUUCCAUAAAGGAAGUAUAAGCAGUGUGUGUGUGCCAGUGUGUAAAUUUUCAAUACAAAUCAGAAGUUAUCCGUCUCUGUGAUUACCUCUUAUUUUACACACAAAAACAAGGAAUUAUAUGACAGGUACAGAGAAAAUGAUGCAUAGAUCACUAUUCUCUAUGAUGCUUUUCCUCUUUCUGCAGAAUACCUUGAUUACGGGAAAUCCUGUUCAGGCAUUGCUAAAGCGUUCUUGGGUAUAUUCAGACACAUAUAAUUGUGAGAAGGUCUAUAGCUGUUUCAACACGAAAACAUGCCAUGAAAGAUACAGUUCAACGGAUUAUUUCUGUGCAAAUAUAUAUCCCUGUGGAUCAUCGUGUGCGCCAAAUGGAUAUCGUAGUAUUUUGCGGCCCUACGAACUUCUAAAAGAGUAGAGGACUAUACACAUGAACAAUGGAAACCAAAACUCAAAAAAGAGAGACAGAUUUGAAAAUAAAACACAAAUAUAACUUUCUUCAUAAUUUAUACAAUGAUGAUUAUUUUAACAAAUAAAAGUAAUGCAGCAUAUCAUCCCUGACUUCUAACAAAUAUAUCAUCUUAAAAUACAGAAUAGCGUUAAUGUACAGUAAGUUCGUAAAACUUCACCACUCCAGAUAAGAAUUUCAAUAGACAAAAACUGACGAGAUGAGAUAUACUUAUUUCAACCCAUCCUAACAUACACUCGGUAAACAUUGUCGAAAGUAUCAUGACGUGUAUAUUGCUGCAUAUCUAGCAUCCUCGCAACACACACCACUGGUAUAUAUUGAAUUUAAGGGGGGGAAGACAUUAACUGAACGAAGUAAACGCCUACAGUCUGAACCUACAUUCUAACCACAAUCAUACACUAGGGUGAAAAAACUAAAGUUUUCGUGAUUCCAAAAUUACUACAGACAGUAAACUUCUU